AUGCUGACUGACAUGCCGUCACUCGAAGGCUGGGCAAAACAUAGACCAGUAGGAAUCUGGAUCUUGGGAGUCUGGCGAUACAUAUUGGAAGUUGACGAAAUUACCCAGGAUUCGGACUCUAGGGAGCUGCAUGUGGUUCUGACGGCUAAGAAAGAAGCAUGUAGGAUCCUAAAAGCGAUCAGAGAUUUCGGCCUUGGUGCCGAUAAUACCGCCCUCCUCGAUUUGUAUGUGAAGUUGGGUCGAUCUCACUCUAAAGCUAACCCUGCUUUCGAGUCUUUUGCUCACAUGAAGAUUAACGAGGAACUAGUUAGCAGAGAGGGGAAACAAUGGCUGCCGACAUCGCUUACGGAGCGCAGGCUUUGGGUUGCGAGACUCUGA